AUGGCGUCGUCCUUGCUCCAAGACCACGCAGUCAAAUGGCCUCUGUUGGUACCACCACCGCAGGGCAUAGACGACAACGGCUUCUGUCAAGUUCAUGAACGCGUCACAAGCCAGUGUCCCCAGAUGUCGUUCACCACACAGGACUUGGUGGCGUCUCUGGCUGGAUACCGGGCAAUUCACUGCUGCCGUGCUUCUCACCGGAGAUGUUGUGUCAGUGGACAGCUACAGGAAUACUGCAGAAGAACGAAAGUACAUGAAGCGAGAAAGCCAGAAGUCAUCUCAUCUGCACAGCGAGAAGUCAUCAUAACACAAGAGACCUUUAUAGGAGGAAAGGGCUAUGGCUUUGAACGGCACGACGUAACAACAGAGGACGGCUAUAUAAUUCAGAUUCAUCGUAUCCCACAUGGAAUGAAAACCUGCAAUGAGACCAGCAAGCCUGUGGUGUUUCUCAUGACAGGACUCCUAGGAGAUUCCACAUCGUACGUGUUAGACUUCGCGAACCAAUGCGUAGGGUUUUUCCUUGCCGACAACUGUUACGACGUAUGGAUCGGUAAUUACCGAGGAACCACCCUGUACGGAAAACGCCAUGUCAACGAGGCUUUCCAGAACUCUCGAGAAUUUUGGGAUUUCACCUUCCACCAGCAAGGCAUCUAUGACUUGACUGCCGAAAUCGACUACGUCCUGCAGGAAACUGGCAGGAGCAAGCUCUUUUUCGUGGGGAUCUCCCUUGGACCGGCCGUACUCAUGGUGAUGAUGUCAGAGCGACCAGACUAUAACAACAAGAUCAUGGCCGCUACAUUCCUGGCUCCGGUGUACAACCUUGCUCAUGUAACGCUUCCUUUCUUGGCGCUCACAUUUCCUGUUGGCGAAGAAUUCUUGACGGGCAUGUAUUACGCCGGAGUGCGUGAGUUUCUGCCGAAGAACAUGCCAAUUAUAAAGCUCGCAUCCUUCGCGUGUCAGGAUCCCGGUAGCUUUAUCUGUGCCUUACUGCUGGAGUACGCAGCUAACAUGGAGAGCAAGUACGUCAAUAGGACGAGGACACCUGUUUACGUGUGUCAAUAUCCGGCCGGAACAUCUACUCUGCACAUUAUUCAUCUGUACCAAAUUGGCAAACGAAAGAAGUUUCAAACGUUCGAUUGCACCUAUAUCAGACCUUCCUCAACGGAUUGCAGUCCACCACGACCCUACGACAUCAGCAAGACGCAAGUUGAUGUUGGCGUUUUCUACUCCGACGGAGACCAGUUCGCCACUCCGCCAGACGUUGAAUCUCUCAUGGCCGAGCUAGGAGACAGAAUCAAAUUUGUUCGACACAUUCGAGACCCCGAAUUUGGUCACUUCAACUUCGCCACUGCUGCUUUUAUUCAUGAAUCCUACAUCCUUAAACCUAUGCUAGAAUUCCUCAGGAGGUACAGCUAAUUGCUCUACACCUAACGAGGGUCUCCUAGAUCAGUAAAAACUGUUCAAACUAGACUAAAUACUGUCCCAAGCAAGACAGAUGCUGUGCUGAAAUCGAAUAAUCGUUGGUGUUAUUUUUCGUGUGUUUGUUGGGGAACAGUUUGCUUCUGAGGAGGAGUCAAUUUGUUGUUUGUUUGUUUGUUUGUUUCUGAUCGAAUAAAUCAUUUUCGUUUCACCGCA